AACAAGUGAACUUGGUCUUUAAAAAUACAAACUGCAACUUGUCACAUCCACCGCAAGCUGCCAGAAGCUAAGAAGCUCCGACAUCUGGGAAACCUCCUCUGGCAGCAGCCGCUCUCUUGCAUGUGAGAGCUACUAUUCUACUUUUCCCAUUUGUGAUGUCACAAACAGGGACUUUUUGAAACAGCUUUGAAACAGAAAUGUGAGUAUUUUAUAAUAUAUUUAAUUAAGUUUUAGUGCUUCAAAAAUUUCUCAGGAUAGCUCCCUGCUUGUGUCAAAUAAACAAAAAUAAUCUGUUUUCGAACAAACCUCUACACACUGGUUGUUUCAUGGAAGAUUCUGACAUUUUUAAAAAGCUGUUCCUAAAGCAUGCUUGGCAGAAGCUGUGGUCUGAUAAACGAUGCACAUAGAUGUAAAGUUCGGUGACUUCCAGUUGCUCGGUGACCCUGAGUGGCUCUCAUGAAGACAAACCUGCAUACCUGUCAGUCACGUCCAUGAUGGUGACGACAGCGACAUCACCCGACGACACACCUCUCAAACCCCCACUUGCUGGUUGAUUCAGGAUGUUUAGUUUGACGUCAAGUUGGUAUAAAAGAUCUCUUUUUUUGAGAAGCAACCUCAUAAAAACUAUGUUAAUUCCUCAGUUAAGAGUCUAUGUAACCUGGGAGAUCCCCUCAUAGUCAGCGAGAGUCAUAAAUCCAUCUUAAUGUUGCCUCCAUUGUUGUGAGGCAUGCAAGGAAUCAGACAACAAAGGUCACUGAUGGGAUUGUGUACUUCACACACAUAGAGAGGGAGAAAAAUCCGGACAUGUGGGAUUAAAAAUGUGGGAGAGGUUCUGAACAACAACCGAGCUGGAGAGUGGUUAGCAUUAGAUGGUGAAAUGGUGCAAAAGAGGGGAAGUUGCAAACCUUUUUUUUUUUGGAUAAUGAUAAUUUUGUUGUGCUUUUUGGAGGCCUUUUACAGAUCAAAAUAAGAAAUCUGCACAGAUGACUAAGACCUUCCUCUAAAAGUUUAAGAUUGGUGCUUGGGUGUGUUUAAUGGAAUCUAAAAACGUGUGAAGGUAUUUGGGUUCAAAGCCAUUCGUUUGAUGUUGUAUGACAGUAGUCAAAGCCUGGAGCUAAGAGGAGGUGUUGUCAUUCGUGUCCUGCCCCCUCUAGGGGCUGGAGGUAUGACAUCAACAGCAAUAAUGAAAGCAACUCAUCAACAACUGGACACCGGGGCUAUAAAAGGAACUUGGGGAGACCCGUGCUUAUCAUAACUAAUAGGAGCUAACCACCAACCCAGGCUCACUUGAGAGACAACAACUAUAUCUGUGCUUUAAUCGGACAGAGGAGAAGCUACCACCACAGGUCAUCCAAAAAAUGGACUUUAAGAACCUAUGUGUUUUCCUCGUUGUUUUAUACCUCUCCAUUCACUGUCAAGGACACCCCGUAAGUAAAAGGACGGUGAGCGAGGUGCAGCUCAUGCACAACCUCAGACACCACAAACAGGUGCAGGAGCGCAGGGAGUGGCUGCAGAUGAGGAUCCAAGACAUCCACAAUGCAGCAAGGGCCAUUGGUGCAGACGCCAAGAUCCAGAGUAGCAGGAGGCUGCGUCCCGAGGAGCUGUCGGAGCUGGGUGAGCUGACAUCAGAGGAGAUCCAACAAGCUGUAGACUUCUUUGAGAAGCUCCUCGAAUCAAAGCAGUCCUGAAUUUGUGGAGAUUUUAUUGGGAAUCUUGACAGUAGCAGCAACAUUUCCAACACUGAAUAUUUUUAUUUUAAGACCAUUUUCUUUUGUUCCCUCUUUUUUAGAUUCUAUAUAAACGUUUCGCAUCUUUGUGUUCUUUUAUUUUAACUUCUGUUUUUAAAUCCUAUUUAUUUAAUUAUUUAUGAAAUGCAUAUUUAUGAGACUAUGCCUCUGCUUGGCAAACCAACAUGUAUGCACUGUUAUUUAAAAAGGUUUUGGUGUAAAACCAUCAUGAAGGAGAAAGUUCAAAUUGGACCAUUUGUGACUUUUUUUAACCUUUUUUUGGGGGGACAAACCCCUGUUGGAGGGCUCAUUAGGUGUAUUAGCCUGCUUUAUCAGCUACAUUUUCCAUUGUUUGUGUAAAUAUUUGACCUGCAAUAUCAGCGUAAAAAUGCUAAAACGUAUUUAGCUUCCGCUGGGUUUCCUAAUAUCCUCUGCAUUUCAACAAUAUGAAAAAGGUUUAUUUUUAUAUGUUUGACAAUGCCAGUAUAAAGCUGUUUUGCUUUUUAAGCUGAGCAGAUUUGUAUUUAAUGUUGUAAAUUGUUAUUAUAAUUAUUUCUGUGAUUAUUUCUGUAUUUAAAGAUGUGAAUAAAAAGGAAUAAGAA